AUGACCUCAGAGGCCAGAAACAUUUCUCACACUGUGAGUGAGUUCAUCCUCUUGGGCUUCCCUUGCCGCUGGGAAAUACAGAUCUUCCUCUUUUUCAUUUUCUUUGUGACUUACAUUCUGACCCUCCUUGGAAACAUGGCUAUUGUGUGUGUGGUACGCUGGAACCACCGGCUCCACACUCCGAUGUACAUUCUGUUGGCCAAUUUCUCCUUCCUGGAGAUCUGCUAUGUCAAUUCUGAUGUGCCCAACAUGCUGGCCAACUUUCUCUCCCAGACCAAAACCAUCUCCUUUGCUCAGUGUCUCCUCCAAUUGUACUUCUUCUUCUCACUGGGAACAACUGAAUGCUUAUUUCUCUCCAUUAUGGCCUAUGACCGGUUCCUGGCGAUAUGCUGCCCUCUGCUCUACCCCACUGUCAUGACUACCAAGUUCUGUUGCAGCCUGGUCAGUUUUUGCUGGAUGUAUGGUUUCCUCUGGUUUCUAAUCCCAGUGAUACUCAUUACUCAGCUAUCAUUUUGUGGCCCAAAUGUGAUUGAUGACUUUCUAUGUGACCUGGGUCCUCUGCUAGCCCUGGCUUCAGCCUGUGUCCCAGUCCCAGGGACUGUUCUCGUAUGUGGCACCAUUAGCUCUCUCCUCAUCUUUGCCACCUUUUUCUACAUUAUUGGCUCUUACACCCUGGUGCUGAGGGCUGUCAUACAGGUGCCCUCAGUUGCUGCCCAGAAAAAGGCCUUCUCCACCUGCUCCUCUCAUCUGGUUGUCGUGUUUCUAUUCUAUGGUUCUUUUAUGAUGACAUAUGUGAACCCAGGGUCAGUACAAGCGGAGGGCAUGCAGAAGUUCACAACUUUGUUCUACUCAAUUUUGACACCUUUUUUCAACCCUAUGAUCUACAGCCUCCAGAAUAAAGAAAUGAAGGAUGCCUUGAAGAAAGUUCUAGGAAUUUCUUAA